AUUAUCGUCACCUGCUUCACUUCUCUUCUUCACAAGAACUUUUCAUUACAUAAUCAAAUUAUAGGUUUGCAGGACCAGCUCUCCAUGCUCAAUGCAAGACUACAGGCAUGUGAUGUAUUUCAUCCGCUGGAAAGCAGUGGCAUUGUACCAGAAGAGAGUGAUCAUAUACUAAAUAGAAGACUAAAAAAUUUUGCUCUGUUAUUUUCACUUGCUGUGCUGUCCAUCCCACUCAUUACUUUUAAACACCUUGACAACAUUUCAAGGUUAAGGAUGCCUGCGGAUACUGAGGAGGUUUCUCUUAGCAAGGAGUUAGCAUACCGAGUUGAUGUAUUUUUGUCGGUGCAACCAUAUGCUAAGCCAUUGGCUUUAUUUCUUGCAACUUUUCUUCUUAUAUGUCUUGGUGGUCUGGCACUCUUUGGUGUGACAGAUGAUAGCUUAGCAGACUGUCUGUGGUUAUCGUGGACUUAUGUUGCUGAUUCGGGUAAUCAUGCAAAUUCAGUUGGUAUUAGCCCCAAGUUAGUUUCAGUUUCUAUCAGUUUUGGUGGAAUGUUAAUAUUUGCCAUGAUGCUUGGGCUUGUCUCUGACACAAUCUCUGAGAAGUUUGAUUCAUUGAGGAAGGGCAGAAGUGAAGUCAUAGAGAAAAAUCACACACUAAUCCUUGGCUGGAGUGAUAAGUUGGGUUCUUUACUGAAUCAACUUUCAAUAGCCAAUGAGAGUUUGGGUGGGGGCACUGUAGUAGUGAUGGCUGAGAGGGACAAGGAGGAAAUGGAACUAGAUAUUGCCAAAAUGGAGUUUGACUUCAAGGGAACAUCUGUCAUAUGCAGAAGUGGAAGUCCUCUAAUUCUUGCUGAUCUGAAAAAGGUUUCUGUUUCGAAGGCUCGUGCAGUGGUGGUCCUAGCUGAAGAUGGAAAUGCGGACCAGAGCGACGCACGGGCACUGCGAACUGUUUUAAGCUUGACUGGAGUUAAAGAAGGACUAAGUGGACAUAUAGUGGUAGAAUUGAGUGAUCUUGAUAAUGAAGUCCUAGUUAAGCUAGUUGGUGGAGAUCUUGUUGAAACUGUUGUUGCUCAUGAUGUGAUUGGUCGCCUUAUGAUACAGUGUGCUCGUCAACCAGGUCUUGCUCAGAUCUGGGAAGAUAUCCUUGGGUUUGAAAACUGUGAGUUUUACAUCAAAAGAUGGCCCGAGUUGGAUGGAAUGCAAUUUGAAGAUGUAUUGAUCAGCUUUCCUGAUGCCAUACCUUGUGGAAUAAAAGUGGCAUCUUCUGGAGGAAAGAUCAUUUUGAAUCCUGAUGAUUCCUAUGUUCUUCAGGAGGGUGAUGAAAUACUUGUAAUUGCAGAAGAUGAUGAUAGUUAUGCCCCAACUACAUUGCCUAUGGUCAAAGAUGCAGUAUACAUAGACAUUGUCCGGCCCACAAGAAAGCCCCAGAAGAUUUUACUUUGUGGAUGGCGACGGGAUAUAGAUGACAUGAUAGUGGUGUUGGAUGCUUUUCUUGCACCAGGAUCAGAAUUGUGGAUGUUCAAUGAUGUGGCUGAGAGUGAGAGGGAAAAAAAGCUAAUUGAUGGUGGUUUGGACUUCAGUCGAUUAGAAAACAUAACUCUGGUCAACCGUGAAGGAAAUGCUGUCAUCCGCCGGCACUUGGAGAGUCUGCCACUAGAAUCAUUUGAUUCUAUUUUGAUUUUGGCCGAUGAAUCUGUGGAAGACUCUGCAAUGCAAGCUGAUUCAAGAUCUCUUGCAACGUUACUGCUAAUCAGAGAUAUUCAGGCAAAGCGACUUCCUUAUAAGGAAGCUAUGGUCUCCCAUGUUCACCAAGGAAGUUUCUCCCAAGGUUCUUGGAUUGGAGAAAUGCAGCAAGCAUCCGAUAAGUCUGUCAUAAUCAGUGAAAUUCUGGAUCCUAGGACGAAGAAUUUAUUGUCCAUGUCAAAAAUUAGUGAUUAUGUCUUAUCAAAUGAAUUGGUGAGCAUGGCAUUAGCAAUGGUUGCGGAAGACCGGCAAAUAAAUGAUGUGUUGGAAGAGCUUUUUGCAGAAGAGGGAAAUGAAUUGCAGAUACGACCAGCUGAUCUGUACCUUCAUGAGGAGGAAGAGAUGAAUUUUUAUGAAAUAAUGGUGCGUGCCAGACAGAGGAAAGAAAUUGUAAUUGGGUACCGUCUUGCAAAUGCUGAGCAAGCGAUUAUCAAUCCACCAGACAAAAGUCUACUAUGUAAAUGGUCUUGUAAGGAUGUUUUUGUUGUCAUUGCUGAGAAGGAGUGAGAUGAUUUUGUUGAAUGCCUCAUGAAUAAGAGGACUUGUUAAAGUGGAGAGAAAUGAAUCCAGAAGUAGAAGCAUGAUGACCAAAGAAUUUAUGCAGAUCUCUAGAGUAAUUCACAGUUCAGUUUGCUGUUGAAGGUAUUUUUCACAUCAGCAGAUGAAUUACAGAGCGCAGAAUGCAUGUGCAUAUUGUGCAGCUUGAGUGGACUGAUGGCAAAGGUUCUUGCACCCAAAGUGGUAAAAGCAUAGCUGUCUUGAUUGUGUGCGUCAAUUGAAUAUCUGCGAACAGGCACUAAUUUUUCUCAUUUUUGUACAAAAGAAUCUGUAUGCUGAAAACAAGAUUGGGAUGCCAUGUAAAUUAGCAGGAUAGAGUUUACAAAUCCCUGAAAAUGCUGUAAUGGUUGGUCGCAGUUUGUGGGGAAGGUGAAAAUGACUAUAGUAUUUUUUCUCCAAAACAAAGAAAAUAUCAAAUUCAAUUCUCCAGUUUCAUGCAUUUA